AUGUCCGAGGGAUCGCCGGAAGUCGACGAUUUCCGCUAUGAGCCGCUGGAGACAUUGAAUUUCUCAUCCCCACGUUUAUCCUCAUGGCGAUCAUCCUCGACGAAUCGAUCAUCCCGUUUGCCAAGCGCGGCUCGUCAACGACCGAACAAGAAAUUCUCCGAUUCGGUCCUUCACGCCUACUAUGGACCGAUCGUUCGUCCCAAUCACUCCCCCUAUGGACAACCGAUAUUUUACGAGUUAGCGAAUGAGAAAGCAGAAGUUUUA